GCGAUCGCGGGGCGGCGGCGGCGGCGGGGCCGGGCCGGGCCCGGCGAGGCCGCGGGGCCAUGACCGAGUACAAGCUGGUCGUGGUGGGCGCCGGCGGCGUGGGCAAGAGCGCGCUGACCAUCCAGCUCAUCCAGAACCACUUCGUGGACGAGUACGACCCCACCAUCGAGGACUCGUACCGGAAGCAGGUGGUGAUCGAUGGUGAGACGUGCCUGCUGGACAUCCUGGACACGGCGGGGCAGGAGGAGUACAGCGCCAUGAGGGACCAGUACAUGAGGACAGGGGAAGGCUUCCUCUGCGUGUUCGCCAUCAACAACAGCAAAUCCUUCGCCGACAUCAACCUCUACAGAGAACAGAUCAAGAGAGUGAAGGACUCGGAUGACGUGCCCAUGGUGCUGGUGGGGAACAAAUGUGAUCUGCCCACGAGAACAGUGGACACAAAACAGGCCCAGGAAUUGGCAAAAAGCUACGGAAUCCCCUUCAUAGAGACCUCUGCAAAAACGAGACAGGGUGUGGAAGAUGCUUUUUACACUCUGGUGAGAGAGAUCCGGCAGUACCGGAUGAAGAAGCUCAACAGCAGCGAGGAUGGGAACCAGGGCUGCAUGGGACUGUCCUGCCUUGUCAUGUGAAAAGAUGCCAAGAAAACGUGGUUCAGGUGCAGCUGCUGGACGAGCCUCGAUCUGUGCUGCCUCUCCUGCUGAUGCCCUGCAGUGUUUUGGUGCCAGUGACAGACUCUGGGCACCAGAGUUAAUUAGCACAAGGUCCUUUUUCGUGCUCCAUCUGAAGAGAACAUCCAUGGCAUCUACCUCCCUGCUCAGCUCACGGAGCAGCAGCAUCUCUGGAUGUGCUGGGAUUCUUUUCUCACUGUGUUACCUGGGUUCGUUCAAGAAGAAAACCAGUCACAGAAGUGAACUAUAGAGACUAAAUGCUGUGAAAAAGAUGACACUUUACCUCUAGAGUAAAAGCUAGAAGUGCUGUGUGUCCCCUGUCUGUUGGAUUCCGUGCAGUGCUGUCAGAGGAGUGGCACAGUAAUGUCACACGGGGUUGUGCCACCAGGAGUGCCCCUGUCCCCUCUCAGAUGGGUGUCUGCUCUCUGUGCACCUGUACAGCAAAGUGCAACAUCUCCAGUGCCAGGAGUGCCACCUACCUGAUCCUCCAUUUCUGUAAUAAAAAGGAAAACCUUUCCUAACUAAGUGCCUGUUUGCUAAGAAGAUUUGAAGUUGUCCCUUGGGUUGAGGAAAACCCCAAGGACUGGAAUUUCUUGGGAGCUCAUUGUCUCAAGCAGGCAAGUGUGGUGUGGGUGAUCUGUGCCUGACAGGAUCCUCCAGCAGGAAUUUGGGGGCUGGAAAGUCCAGCAGGCACUUGUGAGACUCUUGGACAAGGGAGGGGACACACUGCAUCUGUGUUUUACUUUCUUUGUGGGUGGAACAGUUUAUAUUCUGUAUUGUUUUCCUGCAGCAUUCAGAUCUCUUCCAAGUUGGACCAAACCUGUCAGCUGUUCAUUUUUAACAUGAACUGCCAACAUUUCUGGGCAGCUUCUCACUAAUUAAUCUGGUAACUGGAGGUUGCUUUGGACAGCUGCUAUUCAGCUCUCUCUGUAACUUGCAAAUUGUUUUAUUCUGAUUUUCUUACCACAGACUGUAAAGAGUCUCUUCAAAAUGUCUCUAGACUGUAAAA